AUUUCCAAAACCUCAGUGUACUCGUCUCGUGUUCUCUGCCAAGUCAAGAAGACUCGACGGAGAGGAGGAAGUGGAGAGGAGACUGAUCCAGAGCUGAGAGUCUCCAUCUCCGUCCCCGUCCCCGUCCCCGUCCCAUUCGCAUUCGAAAGUUCACAGACGAGAGAUUGGCAGUCGGACUCAAAACUCAAAAGGCAAGCGGCGCAAAGCCCCUCUUCAGGACUUCCUGAAUUAAGCUUGAAGACAACCGCCAGUGGCCUUUUCCAUACCUGGGAUUGCAGUUUUGGCAUUUCAGGUUUAUCCAUUAUCAUUAACCUGGGUGACUACACUGUUUUGGAAUUUGGGUACUUGAUGGGUUCUAUGACGAGUAUGGCAGCGAGAGGCCUGAAGAUUUGGGCGGCAGCUGAGGACUUAGCAAGCAAUAGGGGAUAUGUACUGUCUCUCUACCGACAACUAUUGCGCAGUCUGAACUCUCCAAGUUUGCCUCUGAAUUUAGCUGCAAGACUGGCAAAGAAGGCUGAGGUUCGUGCCAUCUUCAUCCUGGGAUCCGAGGAGAGAUCCGUUCACAAUAUCAAGGACCUCACUGAUACAGCUGAAUAUGCUCUUGGUGUGCUGAGGAAGGGGGAAAUCCCAAAGUACAUUCAGUGAUCCAUCGAACACCGACGCACUUGAUUC